UGCGCAGAAGCUAAAUGCACUGGACUUUAUCAGGAACGGUUGCCGGUGCACCAUGCAGAAAUAGUCGAGACGCCAUCCCGUUCUAUACUACUUAUACUUUCUCAACUAUUAUCCGGAACUAUUCUCUUUUUCUUUCCAAAUAAACAAUACUUCGAAGGAAAUUUACUUUAUCAGUGAAUACUUUCAGUGAAACUACAUGUGUACAAAGUACGAAUUUAAAUCUAAACAAGUAUCUUGUACCUUUCCAAACCCGUUUCAAACGUUUGUUGUAAAAUUAUAAACAAAUCAAUUGUGCGAAUGACUAUUACCUUCAAGAUCGACAAGUAAACAUAAUAUAUAAAUGAGUUCAAAAACAAAAAGUGUCGAAUAAAAAUGAAGUAAACACAAUCACUUAAACGAUUGCGUUUUUCAAUUAUUAAAAUGUAUUUCCAUGCUGUUAAGUGUACGGUGAAUCGUGUGAAAGGUUUGGCAAAUUGCUAAUUGUAAAUUGAAUGUCCGUUCAGUGUGCGAUGAUCUUUCAAAGUUCUACAGAAUUUUCCAAUUAAAAUCGCGCGAAACUUUGCGCUCGUUUCAAGGAACGUAGUAAAGUAUGGACUUCUUCAUCAACACUUUGAAGACGUUAAGUGGAUUUGGCUGCUCUCCAACACGGUUUUUUUUUAACGUUAAACAAACGGCUCUGCGUGUAGCAUAGAAUUCUUUGGCUCGCGUUAAAAAGUUGGUGAAGGAUUCUAACAAUUAGAAUUCCUACAGGGAAAUAACAGAAAGGUCACCGAAAGUGAUUAAUAAACCGGUAAAAUUCUUCAGUGAAUCAAACGCGUUAUCGCAACUGAGAAAAUGUGUUAACUCUUCUGAGAAUGAUAAAACAUGUUAAACGAGGAAUAAACAUUGUAAUCCUGAUUCUCGAUGAAAUUAUUUUUAAAAGACAAAUGGUGUCCGAUAAAUUGAUAUUGCAUAAUCGCAUUAUUAGAGCACUAACAGUAUCGCGUAACAUUCUUCGUUCUAAGUUUGUUCCAAACAAAAAAUAACUAGUCCGAUAUGCUACACGUGGAAGAUAUAAAUCCACCUAAGAUGUAUUUCUAUUUGCGGGAUGUCAGUUGAUGAACGAAAACAUAAAAUAUUUUCGAACGUCGCGCGUCAUCGUAAACACUCCGGCACCGAACGAGGCAGCGACGGAAUCUCCUUGUUCGAAAUCAUCGCAACGAAAAUGGUCGAGCUGAUAGAAAACAUAUUUCGAGGCGUUCAAUUUUAUUAUACACCGUUACUGGUGUACUUUGGCUCCCUGGGGAAUUGCCUCUCCGUUAUCGUAUUCUUUGGAACGAAACUGUGCCAAUACUCGUCGAGCAUCUACCUGGGCGCACUGGCCAUUAGCGAUACCGGUUUUCUCAUAUCAGUGUUCGUGGUUUGGCUGAACAUGCUGGAAGUUGGCCUGUUCAAUCGACCAGGGUUCUGCCAAUUUUUCAUUUAUCUGACCACCUUAUGCAGUUUCAUGAGCGUUUGGCUGGUCGUGGCGUUUACUAUCGAACGAUUCAUAGCCGUGCAAUAUCCGCUCUAUCGCCAAUCGAUAUGCACUGUGGCUAGGGCGAAAACGAUGGUAGCUAUAUUGACAGGAUUGGCAAUGAUCUUAUGUAGUCCUGUCUUGUGGUUUUCUACGCCAAGUUCCCAAAAUAAGGAAGACGGCAACGUGACCGAAUGCGGUCACUUAGCCGAAGGGCUGGAAUCCUGGGCGACCGUUUACAAUAUCAUCGACACGGUAUUGACGUUCGCGAUCCCGUUUGCUGUGAUCGUCGUCCUGAACGUGCUGAUCGCACGGGCUAUCUAUAGGCAUAUUAAAAUUAGAAAAUCGCUGACCAUCGAGCCGCAGAUAGAAUCAAACAAUCUGGCGCAGACCAAAAUUACUAAGAUGCUUCUCGUCGUUUCCAGUGUCUUCCUCUGCUUCAACUUGCCCGCGUAUGUCUUUAGGAUCCACGCAUUUCUACAUUUUCAGGGGAAUAACGCAGCACCCCGUUCGGUGGAACUGGCGCAGCAAGUUUGCAAUUUGUUAUUCAACACCAACUUUGGGAUCAAUUUCAUCUUGUACUGUGCCACGGGACAGAAUUUCCGAAGAGCGAUACGAUGUAUGUUCUUGAAGCGGUUUAGUAAGAGGAACGUGACUAUAACGCAGGUGUCUAGUCAUGGAUCGCAAAAAGUAUCGAAGUGUGUGCCGCAAAAUAGCACGACAGUGCGUCGACACGCGAUCGUAUUUACGGAGCCAUGGGAAGAAUUUCACGAGCUAAACGUUGUCUCGCAGUAAAAGAUGUUACGCGUAUUUGAAACAUCAACACGAUGCUGAAAUCCUUUUCUUCAAGAUAUUAUUUUGGAAGAGGACCCACGUUCCCAAAAAAUCUUUGAUCGAGCAGCUGAAGAAGUUGAAGCGCUGCGUCGUGAACUGGAGCACGAGGACAACCCGUACUCAUCAGAGUAACAUUGAUGAUACUC